AUGCUCGCCAUCCUCUGUGUGGCUUUGAGUGCCCUUGCCGUUGGCCAUGCCGCUCCACAAGGUAUUGACUUCAACUUGGUGCUCGCUGCACCCAAAUCUACCCUCUCCCAAGACUUUGGCGCGAUCAGUCAAGUUGUUACGGUCAACACCGCCGCGCUGCUGGCUCAAGCCACCGGCGUGAGCAGUGUCGACGUCUCCUUCAACAAUGCGGCCACUGUAGCUGCGCCGAAACGCGAUCUUGAAGCACGCGCUGCCUGCGCUUCUCAGUCUCCCGGUGCUCAGGCACCCGCAUACUCACCAGACACGGCGUCUGCAUUCCGAGCUGCUCAGGCUUCUUUUGGAGCUGUCGCAACCUCUGCCCCUGUCCCGCCAGGCUACAAUAAGGUCUUCGAUGGCCUGUAUGGCGCUACCAAGAUGGCGUAUGGAUACCUUGGCUUUUCCACGCUGCCUAAGUACGACACGAUCGAGUGUGCCAAUCGCUGCAACAAGGUCGUAGGGUGUAGCUCGAUUAACAUCUAUUUUGAGAGAGAUCCGAGCCUCGAACCAGGUGCUGCCUGCUCCAACCCUUCGUCGGUCACGAGGGUAAAAUGUGCUUAUUACGGUGCACCCAUCGCUCCCGAUAGUGCUGCCAACAAGGGCCAAUUCCGUGCCGGCUUCGAAGUCGUGAUCGCGGGCUCUAAUGGCUACGUUAACCAAGCUGUUUCUACUCCACCGGGCUACACACAACCAACAUACCUUGGAAACGGCGCAAUUGAUGCUCCGCCGGAUGUCCUUGGAUGUAAUUCCUAUCUCGGAGCUAAGAUCUUCAGUCAGGGGACCUUCAAUAUUAACCUCUGCGCCGACUAUUGCACGUCUCAGAGCCAAUACAACCUGGCACAUCCUCCUACCGAUGGAAGCCCUGUCCAGACUUGCCAAUUUUUCAACACAUACAUUCUAUACGUCAACCGCACCACUAACACACAAGGUCAAUACUGCGCCAUCUACUCCGAAUCCUGGCCGGCAUCAUAUGCGACAAACAAGGGCCAGUAUCGAGGUUCAGAUCACUACCUUAUCCAGUCCUCAUACUCCUCGUCGAACGCCACGGACCCCGGCAUCAAGCCCAACGCGCAGUGCGCCGUCGCACAGGCAAGUCAGGCUAUUGUCGCUCAGACGCUGCAGCCUGCAUGUUUCAACUUCCUUGGCUACUCUACCGCGACUAUAUUUCAAACGAGUGUUGUCGCCACAACUAAUCCUAUCGCCACGAUUAGCACGACAAGCACUGUCGUCGAACCUACUUCCACUACUCAAGCCAGUACAUUACUCACUACCACUGUGAUGCGUGUCACGAUCUUUGUCAGUGAUCUCGCACGGCGCACAGCGCCCACUGGAGCAGUACCCGUCCCAGCUUUUCCGACGCAAUUCUCUUCAAACAUUCUCUCAUCAGCAUGUUCACUAGUCGCGACACCUACGACUACCACUUCCGUGAUCAGCGCAACAUCAACCGGCGACGCCUCGAGUGCGUUCGUGACACUGCUUGUAAACAGCACCUCGACUUGGACUACAAGCGUCACCGUGAGCAAUAUCGUCACAAGAACUCAAACUAUCAUCGUGUUCUAA